AUGGCACUCGCCCUACCAGUCCUCGCCCAUCCCGGGCCAGCUAGCCCCAGCGAUGCAGUGCCAGGCCAAUCUUCCCUCUUCACUACAUACCCGGGCAAGAAGACCCCCCUCGCUCCACAAUAUCUCAAACCCAUCCCAGCGACAGAGAAAGGCCCGGCCGGUCAAGACGACCUUCUCUUCCAAAACCUGCUAGCCGCGGAAUGGGCUAUCUACUCCUUCUACCAACUAGGUGUGGAGACUUUCAGUUCCUCAGACUUCGCCAAAAAGGGUUAUCCGAAUACAACCUAUCAGCGUAUUACUGAGAUGCGCGACAACGAAGCUGGUCAUGUUCGAAUCUUCCAAGAGCAGAUCUCCAAAAACUCAGUCAAGCCUGGCCCAUGUCAAUAUAACUUCGCCAAGAGCGUGGGAAAGAGUCCUGAGGCCUACCUUGCCUUCCAGGUCUUUCUCGAAGUCUCCAGUAUGGCCUAUCUGACCGGGCUGAUCGACCAAGCCGAUCUCAACAUCUCCAAGUCUGCCCUGAUGGCGAUCGGCCAGGUGGAAUCCCGCCAUAAUGCCUGGGCCUUGAUUGACGCAUGGAACACGAGCCCAUUCUCUGGUCCCUCGGAUACAGUCUAUCCCUACGCGAACCAGAUCCUCGAUUCCACGAAUACAUUCAUUGUGACGGGUAGUUGCCCCUCCGAGAACCCGCCCUACCCAUAUCCCAAUCAACACCUGCCCCAACUUGCCUUCAAGAAGAAGGGUACCACAGGCAAGCCUGGCUCGACGAUUGAAUUUGUUUGGAAGGACAAGAAACCGACGUUCGAUAAAAAGGAGUACUUCGCUGUUUUCUAUCACGGCGUGCACCAUAUCAGUGUACCGUACAAUCCGAAGGAGAACCGCGUUGAGAUCCCUGCUGAGUUUGAUUCGGGCUCAAGCAUCAUUAUUGUCAUCAUUGCGGAUACGAAAGAUGCACCCACUGAGCAGAGUGUUGUCGCUGGGCCUCUGAUUAUUCUGGAGCAGCCGGGGGCAUUGACCAAGCAGGUCAAUGCUGUUUGA